UGCAUGACGAAUCAUACAGUAUGCUCCCUGCUCGUGUGAAAUAUCCCCUCCUUGGGAAGAUAUACCAGUUCGAUUUUUAAUAUUAUCCUUUGUUGUUUGUGGAUUUCCAGUUAAGGAAGCGACGAAAGCAUGGAUCAUUUGUGGUCGUGGUCUUAGUAGAUCCAUCUGAUUCGAUUCGGUGGAAUUCAGGCAGGUGAGGUGUGUUCGCUUCAGGAUUGACUAUUGAGGCAAGCGCGGCUGAAUUUUUGGGAAUCGGAGGUUGCGGUGGUGUUUGUGGAUCGAUUUAGGGGUGAAUUUGAGUGAGAGAGUGGAAAUUGGAGGCAGGAAUGAAGAGUUUCGAGCUCCGUGAAGCAGUUUGAGGAUAUUGCCGGAGAAUUUUGUGCGGAAUAUGGCGACUCCUGUGGAACCCCCAAAUGGGGUUAAAUCUAGAGGAAAGCAUUACUUCUCCAUGUGGCAAGCCCUUUUUGAGAUUGAUACUAAAUACGUGCCUAUAAAGCCUAUUGGUCGAGGAGCCUAUGGGAUCGUGUGUUCUUCUAUCAAUCAGGAAACCAAUGAAAAGGUUGCUAUCAAGAAGAUACACAAUGCCUUUGAGAAUCGUAUUGAUGCUCUGAGAACCUUGCGUGAGCUAAAGCUUCUGCGGCAUAUUAGGCAUGAAAAUGUGAUAGCACUGAAAGAUGUCAUGCUCCCUAUUCACAAGGGAAGUUUCAACGACGUCUACUUGGUUUAUGAGCUUAUGGAUACUGAUUUGCAUCAGAUCAUUAAAUCUUCUCAGGCUCUUUCAAAUGACCAUUGCCAGUAUUUCCUUUUCCAGUUACUAAGAGGUCUGAAGUAUCUACACUCAGCAAACAUUCUUCACCGCGAUUUGAAGCCCGGGAAUUUACUCAUCAAUGCAAACUGUGAUCUCAAAAUAUGCGAUUUCGGGCUUGCGCGGAUCAACAACAGCAAGGGCCAAUUCAUGACUGAGUAUGUGGUCACUCGCUGGUAUCGAGCACCAGAGCUUCUCCUCUGCUGCGACAACUAUGGAACAUCCAUUGAUGUCUGGUCUGUUGGUUGCAUCUUUGCCGAACUUCUUGGUAGGAAGCCGAUCUUUCCUGGCACCGAGAGCCUCAACCAGCUUAAAUUAAUCAUCAACAUCCUUGGUAGCCAAACAGAAAGCGACAUUGAAUUUAUUGAUAAUCCAAAGGCAAAGAAAUACAUCAAAACUUUACCCUACUCCCUCGGAACCUCCUUUGCUCGCCUUUACCCUCAUGCCCAUCCUCUGGCAAUCGAUCUACUUCAAAAGAUGCUCAUCUUUGACCCUUCGAAGAGGAUUAGCAUAACAGAAGCACUUCAGCAUCCGUACAUAUCUCCUCUGUACGAUCCAGCUUGUGACCCUCCAGCACAGGUUCCAAUCAACCUCGACAUAGAUGAGGAUUUAGAAGAAGACGUGAUCAGGGAGAUGAUGUGGGUUGAGAUACUGCACUACCACCCGGAAGCUGGUGCAGCAGCAAAUAUGGAUGCUGAAUAUUGUAGGUUGCAUUGGUACUUGGUGGUGUUGUAUUCGUACAAGCAAUUAAAAUCAAACUAAUAAGUAGUCUUUUGUGGGACACAAUAAUGGUAAGACCUAUAAAUAGUUGGUGUAAUAUUCUAGGGACGCUAUAACAUUAUUUGUGUCUAUAAAGCGUGUUUAAGUUUUUACCU